AUGUCCCAACAUCGGUUUAAAGUAUCAAAGGCCAAUGCUGAUGGGGCAGAAAAUACAAAAGAAACUUUCCGACGGGUGAAUCUGUCAACAGAUAUUGAAGUGAAUAUCAUCGAACCGUGUAAGGAUUUUUUUUUUUGCGCCAAGAGAGGGUUCAAACCGAUUGAAUGACCACGUGUGCCAUACUAACUUUACAAUGUUUUUUUCACACUUCACUGGUUUAGGUUAAUUUUUUUGAAACCUUUGCCUUUCAAUUGAACCCUGGAACUUUUUAGACAAACCGAAAUCUAGCAAAGGAAAUCUAGAUAAAUAUCAGUCGAACUUGAUGUUUUACCGCAUGCAAACGAAACGUGCGUAUUUAAUUUUUCACUCACAGCCCCCGAGAGAAAAGAUAGGAAGAAAUCAAGCAUUUUGACCGGAAAGGCUGGAAAUUUAGCAUUGUACGAGGUAACUGUAGUAGGCUUUCUUUGACUGAACCGAAAGUUGUUUUUGUUCUGACUUCAUUAUUCUCGCACCGUGUGCUUGCUGAUCAUUUUAAACACCUACCUUUUCUGAUCUUUUAUCUCCUCGUGCGCGCAGGAUGAGCUUCACAAACGACCAAGGAUUUCGACGCUUUUAGAUAGUUUGUCGAGGUACGAAGCUGUUGCAUCUCCGCAACAAGAUGACGAUGAAGGAGAAGCGAAAGCGGCUACGACUAGUCAGGUACGAUAUUCAUAUAAAAAUAUUUCAAACAGAGUGUGUUACUGCUAUGUUGAAUGGCCAAUUACUUACUAAUCAGUGAGUCCUCAACGGUUUAUGCAAAUUCGUUUUGGUUUUGGAAGCGUACUAAAUUAUUUAUACUAAACUUUGUUUUGAUCGGUUGAAAGUUUGAAUCAUUUUUUGUCUUAAGUACAUAAUCCAAAUUUAUUGAAAUUGAAGGAGGUCAAAGACUCUCAACCUUUUAAAUAAAACACAAUGAACUUAAACCGCCAUGUUUUGUCUCACUGUUUUGACAGAUGUAAACAUACUGCAACAGAAAAUAAUCCUAUUUUCAUUAUUUAAAGCGCGUCUGCGGGAGUCUAACAUAAUUUGAAUCAACUGUAACGGUCUUAGACAUUUUCUACAACACAUUGCGGCUUUAUUCAUGAACAUAUUCUUGAUGCAAUAAGGGAUUAAAUUUUCGGAGUGAAAGUGGAAUGUGAAUAAAAGUGAAGAGGAGUGAUCCGGUCCUUACUGUACUUUAGCACUUGGGUUUUCAUUUGGUAUAUGAUCAUUUCACGCUUGGAAAGUUCUGCGAUCUGAAAUUUUACCUAUUUGCUUAAUGGGGAAUUUCCAUCGAGAGUCUGAAGUAAAUCCAGGAUUGUUUUUCUGGCUUCUUCUCAGAGUACUCAACAAUAACUUUGGUAUCAGUGGGGUAUACGAUUAUUUGAACUAGGGGGGCAUUCAAUGUUUUACUUAUUGGCUCCAAUAGGUUUGUUUUGUUUUUCUUUUUUUUUUAACGUUAUUUUAACUAUCAUCAUUUUUUAAAAAUAUAUCAUUAAAUCAUCAAAUGGGGAGGGAAAGUGGCAUGAAUUAUAGAACCUUCCAUCCUCCUGAGCUUAAGCACUUCAAAAAGAUUAUUUGUGGUCUGAUGACUAUCUUAUAGUUAAAAGUAUUAUCCUGUAAAACCUCUAACCUCCCCAGAGUUUUAAUUAGGGAUGUUAAGCAAACCACAACGGUGACAGCAAUGAGGAUGUGGCAAAACAAAAGAUCUAAUUGGCAGAAUAAUAGCUGAGCAACUUUGUUGUCCUCUGCUAAACAAUAAAGCAAAAUCACCAAAAUUUGCACAGUCUGAGAGCAGAAACCCUGACAGCAAAUUAUUAAAGUUCCUCUUCAGAACUCAAUGCUGCUCAUAUCCAUUACACAGAAGUUAGAUUUAGGAUGGUAAACAUCCAGACAUUGGUGAAAUCCAAUAAUACAAAUUUAUUUUUUAAUCCACAUUUUGCUCAGCAUUGCUGUCCUGACUGCUUAAGGUCCCUAAUGACUUCUUCACCGGCUGUCUGGGGUGGUGGGUUAGGGCGUUCCUUUACUGUGAACCACCUAUAGAAAUCAAUUUUAUUGCCCUCUGUGGAACCUGGCAGCUAUAGGAAUUUGUUAUCUGUUAGGCAUUCCUAUGUAUGCCAGCUCCUCCACAUUACCCAGGAUCUAGGGGUCUACUUGAGACAACCAAUCCAAAACAUUCCCUUCUUCAUUUUUUAACUCAAGUACAAGCUCAAAAACAUAGGGGAUUAUUAUUUUAAGGUAUAAAUUAUUUGUUGAUAUUACAGUACUGGUUGCAUUACUAAGAAUCAGAAAUAUCUAAAAGUGUUUGAUUAGUAGUCAAUGAUAGGUGAUGAUUAAUAGCUUAGCUUUCUCCUGAAACUUGGACUAUAUCUUCUGAAACAUGGCUCAAAUUUUGCAGGUCACAAAGAUGGGUACACUUAUGGGUGUGUACCUACCAACCAUCCAGAACAUUUUUGGUGUUAUCCUGUUCAUCCGUUUAUCUUGGAUUGUAGGAAUAGCAGGAACAUUUCAAGCAUUUUUCAUUGUGUUCAUUUGCUGCUGUUGUGUAAGCAGUAAUCCUUAUCCCUUUAACUCCAAAGAUCUGAUUGUUCAUUCUUCCCUCUAGCUGUUACACAUUUCCUAGUAAAUUAGUUACGAGAAUUUGGUAUUAGAUCUAGAUAACAGCUUCUACUUGAUACAUUUGAGUAUUCUCAUUACCUGUUUGCUGGAUAGUUUAUCAAUAUUAUAGGGAGAAGUUACAUGUGAAUCACUUCUGGGAGUUAAAGGGUUAAGGAACCAUGCCUUCUCCUCUAUUUUCUUAAUGAAGUGAAUUUUGAACAUUGUUGUAAAGAUUUUGCUUGCUAGGGUAAACAAAUCUAAAAGAGAGAAAAGAUAAGGAUGGUUCAGAUUAAUAUCUGAAUUAAAAUUUUGAGGAACUUGAAAGGUGGGUGCUAAAUUGAAGCUGAUACAGGCUCUAAUAUGAUGAAAACAAAGAUAGCAUGUUGUGGUGAUUGGAUGAUAAUGCCAAAGCCAAAAAAAUAAACUUUACAUUUAGAUGUACAAAUGUAAUUUCCAAAAACCACUAACUAAUACCCCUUAAGGCUUUUUUGAUUUGAGGUUCUAGCCUACUAUUUACAAGGCGAGUUCAUGUCAUAUGAGAAGUGUGUUAAACAGUCUUGGUUAAAUAAUUGAAGAUGUUGAUUACCAUAAGUGAAGAUGCUUUAGUUAAGAAUCAAAGUCAUUCUUGCAGGAGGUAGUAAAGAUUGUUUCCCAACUUUUCUUAAGUUGUUGGCUUUCAAGUUUUUAUGUAUGUUGAUUACAUUUAUUAUUUUCUUUAACUUGUAAUAAAUUAGGUACAACACUUUUGCUUUGUAGACGAUGUUGACAGCCAUCUCAAUGAGUGCCAUAGCUACAAAUGGAGUUGUUCCAGGUAAAAUGUUUCCUAACCUAUUUCAAAUCUGCCCUGAGAUUAUUGAAUGUAUAGCCUGAGGGAAACCUGUACUAUAGGAGAACCCAGUAAUCAACUUAUGAAAUGUAUGUACUUGUCACAAAAUUAAUUGAAAGAAAUAAGAUGUGAAGGUUUUUUAUUAAUUUCAUAAUUUUCAGCUGGGGGAGCUUAUUUUAUGAUUUCACGUGCUCUUGGUCCUGAAUUUGGUGGAGCUGUUGGGCUUCUGUUUUAUCUGGGAACCACUUUUGCUUCCUCAAUGUACAUCCUUGGUGCUAUAGAAAUACUUCUGGUAAGUUACUAGACACUGUUAAUAUAGUCAGUAAAUAUCCAACUUGACAAAAUUGUCAAAAUAUCUUCACUGCCAAAAAUUUGACUCUCUUUGGGUUCAUGUAUGAAAACACAGAUCUUUUGAGAGCUUUACAAAACAGAGUUUUAUAUCUUGUAACAUUAAAAUAGACCCUGGAGAUUUUCUUGGAAGGAGAGACCAGUUGAACUAAAAAGGUCUCUUCUUAAUUUCUUCCUUUUUCUUCAAUUUGUCUCAGUUAUUAAUAAAGAUCUGAGUUUCCUAGUUGUAAGAUAGGGAAAGCAGUGUCCAAAGAAACCCAAACUGUGAUUAAAGCAUUAAUUAUGACAUAAGAGUUGCAAAUGUGAGCUGGUUCCACUCAAUGUUUUGGGUUAUAACUUAAAUCUGUAGAUAAUGUAAUUAAGGAAUCACUACUCCAAAUACAAGUCCAUGUUGUUGCUAUUUUUCUCUGUAGACAUACAUGGCUCCAUCAAUGUCUCUCUUUGGAGAUGUGAGAUCAGGAGGUGGUGCACAGUCUCCAGUGAUGCUAAACAACAUGAGGGUGUAUGGCUCCAUCUUGUUGGUUUUACUUAUUGCAGUGGUUUUUAUUGGUGUCAAGUAUGUCAACAAAUGUGCCUCUCUGUUUCUGGCCUGUGUGUUGUUUUCCAUCUUGGCCAUCUACCUCGGAUUCUUUUCUGCACAUGCUCGAGAAAUGCCCAGGUGAGGAAAAAUGUGUCCUCAUCAUUCAGUGAAACUUUCCUUGGGUGCUGAGUUGGCCAUUCUUAUUCAUAGUAGUUUGAUAACAAAGUUAACAAAAUCUGUAAGUAUGGAGCUAGUCCUGGGCUUAAAUAAUUAGUACAGUUUUUCUUGAUUUAAACCCCUCUUUAUAUUAGGGCUUUUGAUUUCCAUGAAACUUGCAUUUGAUUUGCAUAUUCUCACCAGUUUUGCUCCAGUCACUUUGGAAAAAAUCUUUUUCUAUAAAAAAUUUCCAUGGCAAUAAGAUUUCUUCAAACAUUUGCAUGACUGGCCAGCUGGUUAAGGUCUAUGCCUUUCUUUCCCUCAAUCUACAGAGUCUGUAAAUCAAAUUUAGAUUCUGAAUUUUCCAGGUGCUGAAGAUUAAAAUCUCUUUAUCUUUGCAGGAUCUGUUUGUUGGGUAACAAGUUAUUAGCUAGUAACAGUUAUCAUGAGUGUGCAAGGAAUGAUACAUUACUAAAUGCAACAUAUGGAAAUGAUGAGACAUUCUGGAGUAAAAAUCCUCUGAGCUACGUGAUUGGAGUGCCGGGCAUUCCUAGUGGGCUUUUUUUCGGUAAGGUAAUUUUAAUUUGUUGGCUGAACAACUCAUUCAAUCAUUCUGUUUGUUCAUGUGUUCAUUUGUUUAAUCACUCAUUCAUUCACUCUUCCAUUCCUUUGUUUGUUGUUCCAGUGUUCAUUCCAUAAUUCUUUUAUAAAUUUAACUGUUUUCUUAAAUGAUAGUUUUUUUAGUUUUAUUGCUAUUUGAAAUAAAAUAUAAUUACAUAUUAAGUAGGAUGGGUGCACUGUGGAGUAUGGAUAAAAAGUUGGUCAUGCUUAGAGCCCAGAUCAGGUUAUUAUGUUGUGUUUUUGUGCAAGAUGCUUUUCCGCUCACAGUGCCUCCCACCCAUGAGUACAUAUAUGUUAUUUGUUGGGCAGGGAGUCCUUAUGUGAAAAAACUGUUCCCUUGGUCUUGGCCUGAGGUAAAAGUGCUAAGAGCCUUAAUCAAGACCAAGGGCAUGGUUUUUUCCCCUUAUGGACUGACCUUAAGACUGGUAAACAACUUAUUUUUUGCUGGUUUUCUUCUUUUUUCUUUAAUCUGGUGCUAAAGGUAUAGUAAAACUCUGCACCAUGGUCCAUAUUGAUAAAAUAUUGACUGGUUGUGAGUGGGCUAUUAGAGAACCAGACUUGAAGAUUUGAGAUUCCAGCCCAUAUGAGACACUUCAGAAGAAAAGAAACUUAAGUCCUAAUGAAUUAUCAAUUUUCUGACAAGAUACAUAAGGGUAACCUGAAAUGGACUAGCUCCCCAUCCAGGGGAGAGUAACAACAACUGUGUCGGAACCAGGAUGAACUCUGGAAGUCUGGGGUCAGAUUUAAUAUUUAUUACACUUCUGUUAUAAAUGAUUUUUAGAUAAUUGGAACAGUCAAUAUCUAGAGAAGGAUGAAGUUUCUUUUGGUGUCAAGGCUGGUGAAUAUCAGGGAGAAGUGAGAUCAGAUAUCUCCACAUCUUUUUUCAUUCUCCUGGCAAUUUUCUUUCCAUCUGUCACUGGUAGGUAACUCAGAGAUUAUCUGUUAUUUUGUUAGCUAAAUUAAGGUGUGAUAUACAAACAUCCUGUCUCUAAUUUGCCCCAUGAUUGUUUCAAAGGUAUCAUGGCAGGGUCCAACAGGUCUGGUGACUUGAAGGAUGCACAACAGUCUAUUCCUAAGGGCACAAUAACGGCCAUAACAACUACAUCUGUAGUCUGUAUCCUUCACGUAUAAUAUUUGGGUAACAUGUUAAGUUCCAAAGAUCCAAAAGCUGAAUCUCUUUGCUGAUGAUCAUGGAUUUCUUUGUGGAUUGGUGCUGAGAAUUUGGUGACUGAAGCGUAAACAAUAGUUUUCCUCUCUUUCAGCACUGAGAUUCGACUAUAUAUACUUAUAGGUCAUAUCACUUGCUAUGUAAAUGUAACAGCUACUGAAUACAAAAAAAAAAAGCGGCUCUGAUUACCCACAAACAAGUGGGCUCCUCUACUGGAAGGCUUAGCCUUUCGUUACUUGGCAAUGCAUAGGCGUUUUUGUUGUGAUUGUAAAUAAUUACUGCACCCUGACAAAGUUUGAAGAUCUCACCUCAGUAUUACUGUUUGGAGCAACAGUACAGGGCGACUUACUCAGAGAUAAGUACGUUUUACUAUGAAUUUUACUCCAUAAAAUAUGAUUUUACAAACUUAUUCAACUUCACGUGAAGUGUUGUAAAGCGGGAAUCAACUUUUAAGGGACAAACUCAAGACUAAAGCAAAAUGUCCCACGAAUGGAUAGUUGUUAUAGGAGCGUUUUUGUCACUUGAUUGGACGAGGUACCACCUGAAAAAAGUCCCCAUGUGAAAGAGAGCUCCCACUUUAACCGUCAGUGAAGAGAGUUAAGAGCUGCAGCUUCAGGUUUGGUCAAAAAGGACUUUUUCUUUAAGAAAUUUGUAGGAUUUUUUAAGAUGAUCUGCUCUUUACUCAUGAAAUCAAAUUAACGGUGUUUCAUUCGGGUGCAUCCUCGUCAAUUAACAAUAAAAACAAUGUUUCUGUUGUCAUACCUUUCCGCUUGGUGUCCCGUUCUUUCCAGAUUCGGUCGUAGUAUCAAUAGUGUUAUGGUUGUUGCUGAGAUCGCCUGGCCUCCCACGAAAUGGGUGAUUCUAAUUGGUUCAUUUCUAUCCACUGUGGGAGCAGGAAUGCAGAGUUUAACAGGGUGAGUAGGUUCCUGACCUUAUUGGAAUCUUAAAAACGAAAUUAGUACGAGGCCACACCUCAAGUGUUAGCUCUUUGCCAUCAAAAACAGCCAAAAUGUUGAGUAGCAAAAUUUCCCUCCAAGGUUAUAGAGUAUGGCAUGGCUUAGAUGGUCAUGCAGCGCAAAGACCCGUUUGAUGGAAAGGUGCCUGUUCAUUUUUUUUUUCAGAAUCACCUCUAUAUAUUCUCUAUAUAUUUUCACUAACUACCCCAUUAAUCUUUGCAGUGCACCCCGGCUGUUGCAAGCUAUUGCCAGAGACAAUCUGAUUCCAUUUCUGAAUGUUUUUGCUCAUGGUUCUAAGUCUGGUGAGCCAACUCGUGCCUUGGCUCUUACAGCUUGUAUUUCAGAAAUUGGAAUUCUGAUUGCCAACUUGGACUCAGUUGCGCCCAUUAUAACAAUGUGAGUGCAUGCGCGGUUUGAUAAAAACCGGAAUUUUCAUUUUUGUGUCGAGAGUAAUCCGUGAUUGCAUUGACUUUGGUCAAGAGAGGAUAAAAUCACUUAAUCAUCUUUUGCUUUGGUGUACUUAGCUCUGUGAUCUGUCCAGAACACUCAUUUCAUCCUUUCAAUUUCUUACAAUUUCCAUGCAUUAUCUAGAAAACAGGUGAUGGAAACAAACAACCUCAUUAGUUUUCGGGUAGAGCACCACUUUCGCUCCACUGAUUUACGAGAAAAUUUAAACGAGCCAGAAAGGAGAAUUGCUGUCUUAGGAGUAAAGUUGUCAAUUCAAAAUAGUCAGUUUUGUAAUGUUUCUUUUCUUUUGUCGCUCAGGUUCUUCUUGAUGUGCUAUGGAUUCGUCAACUUGGCUUGUGUGUUACAAUCGUUGCUUAGGACACCAAACUGGAGACCGCGAUUUAAGUAUUACCACUGGUAUGGUGAACUAGGGGAUAACCAUUAAUUGAUUUAAUAGUUUAUGGUCUCUGGCUCUCAACGAAUUUGUUGUUAGCAAAUAAAUUUCCUCCCAUGCCUCUGGUAUUGCUCUUUUACCCGCUAUAGGCGCAUACAAAUGUUUGAAAGUGUGAGUAGGUCGAACUGUUGUCAACCCUCACAGUACCUCUUCCCAUCUAGGAUAAAACUGGGUACUAUAGCGCUUUUGAGGAAGUCUACUGAACUUUGGGAUAAAUUACGAUGAGCUUCGUGCCAUACUAGCAGCUAUGAACCGUUUUUUGCACUCGUCACCUUUUAAAUGCACAUCGUUUAUUGCCUGGCUAGGUGUGCGUCGUUCCUGGGAAUGUGGUUGUGUAUGGCUUUGAUGUUCAUCUCCAGCUGGUACUAUGCUCUUGUUGCUAUUACACUAGCAGCUGCUAUUUACAAGUACAUUGAAUACCAAGGGUAAGGAUAUUUUGCUGUUGGCUCGUGCGAGGUUUCUAUCUUACUAAGGGUUUAUAUGUUAACUGAUUAGCGACAAAAAUGCACGUAUCGCAUUUUCCUUUAGAUCUACAUCAUUGAAUUUUCAGUUCUUUUUUCCUGUCUUUAAAAACUUUGAAAGGUUUUGUUGAUUGGAAUGAAACCACGAAACAACGAAGUGGGAUAGUCGACAAUCACCAAGGAAACAAACAUUUAGAAAAAGAGAGCAAUGUUGGAUAAGGGUUGAUUAGAUUUGUACGGAUUGCAGAUGAUGAACGUAACAAACUGUGGUUAAAAUUUGUCAAGAUUCACAAACCGGGACCAAUCCUCUUAAAGGUUACGUGACUGGCAGCUCCCCAGCCAAUUAACUGAGCUUCAUUCAUGUUGUAAGACCCAAUCUCCCGACACUCUCAGUUCACUGCAUAAAUGUGGCUUAAAAACACAUGUCAGUAAAGUGUGUAAAGUGUAGAGUGUAAAGUCAGUGGUUCUUUCGACUGCCUUGGUCCAAAUGAAAUUUUGGUUUAUGUCACUGUUGCGAAAUUCAUAUCAGACGUUAAAUUCGAUAGCGCAAAGAUUGAGUGGGGAGACGGAUUCAGGGGACUGGCGCUGAGCGCAGCUAGGUACAGCCUGAUGAGGCUGGAAGAGGGUCCACCGCACACCAAGAAUUGGAGGUUAGUCACGUGGCUUGUUUAUUGAUCUAGACAAGCUCUCUAAAGUUUUGUGUUAGUAGAAACCUUUUCUAUUCUAUUCUCUCUUUCAACAGACCUCAAAUUCUUGUGCUCUGCCCCCUGAAGGAGACUUUAGAACCUGAAUUCAGACGCCUUUUAAGCCUGGCGAGCCAACUUAAACACGGUGAAUACCUUUGUGGACUUAUGUUUUGUAGUCGUUUUAAUAAAUUAUUAUUACUUCCUAUUUGAGAGGGAUGGUGUUUUCACGAAUCUGGAAGACGAGAAGAAUCUAAAGUGAAGACAUUUACCCUCUGUGAUCUCAGUCUAAGUAUAAAGUUAAAAUUGUCUUUACUUAGAGCGGUAUUUUUUUAGGACGUGGUCUUACAAUCGUUGGAUCCAUUCUGGAAGGAGACUUUAAAGAAAGAACAGAAGAUGUUGCUUUGGCAAAGGAGGUGAGGGGUAGAUUUAGGUAUUGGCUGAUCUCCAAAUGCUUAGAGCUAAUAUUAUGAUAAAAUACCGAUGGCAGACAGAGCGGAGAAUUCAAUGAUUUAGAUGCUUAAAACUUUAGGGUGAAAAGGUUUUAGGGACCACUUUGCGACAAUCAUCUUCAUGGAGAAAGAUCUUUUUUUCGUCUUGUCGCGAGUGUGGGACAAAGAAAAAAUUCAGAGUCCCCAUGAGGAAUCGAACCUCAGACCAUCGGAUAUACAUGGCGGACGAAACGUCAUAUCAUUCGUACUUUCCUGCCACCGCAGCAAGAUUUGUCAAAAAGAUCAGAACGUUUCUAAACUAACCUUGAGUCAGAAGUCUUUUUAUGUUUUCAGAAAAGAUAGGCAGUGCAAAUUUAUAUUUUUAUUGAGCCCAAGUUUAGACCUGAUAAACAUCAUCUCUGUACGGGCUCUCGAAGCAAUGAAAGUAGCCGGCAAAACCUUGCAGAGAAGCCGGCGUACUUCGCCGGCUGCCGUCUCUUAUCUUCAACCCUGCAUUAUCAAUCACGCCGUGUGGUGAAUGUACACCUUUGAAUUUAACGAGAAAGAAAACAACAAUCAUGCACACAAACAAACAGGAAAACCGGAUUAGUUUUGUCCUGAAUAUAACUCUAGUAAAGAGUACUAUUUUUUGGUGACAUUCUAACAAUCGGUAGGUUUUACAAGGCUGUAUGAAAGAAGAAAAAGUUAGAGGUUUUCUGAAGGUGAUCGUGGCAACCAAAGUAACAGAGGGGAUUUCUUUCUUGUAAGUAUAAGAACCGCUUUUUUUGCUUCCUUUCCUCGGUUUCCCCUUUUUCUGUCCAUUUGAUUUUAAAAAUCAGGUUGCAUGAGAAUUCACCAUCUUUUAUUAACACUUUCAAAUUUGAACGAACAUCAACCAGGUGUAACUAGAUCAUUAUUUUAGCGAUAGUUAAUUGGUUUUCCUAACCAGAUUCCCGCCAGGUCCGAACGAUUUAAACCUCUGCUUCAGUGUUUGUUUUUUUUACCGAUUCAAGAUAGUAUACUUCUCCUUCAGGACGCAGAGUUCCGGCCUUGGAGGCUUAGAACCUAAUACCUUGAUGAUCACAUGGCCCGAAAACUGGCGGGAAAAAGCGCAGUGGAAGAGCUUUGUCCGUAAGUAAAACAAAAGAAACUCGUUGGAAACUUAAUUUGUUUUUCAUUCUUUAAAGGUUCAACCCAUACCCAUUCAUUCAUUGAACAAGUCUUGUAGUGACUUAAAUUAUUGUUAGAGAGGGCAUAGUUUUGGCGAGAUAUGAUUAAAAAUACUUCUUGAAAGAGAGGUCGUGCAGUUAACGUUGGUUUCCUUUCUUACGUUCUGGACCUUUUGUGACGCUCAGAAAAUCCUCACCUCUUCGCUUUCAACAGAUUUUAGCUUUAGUAGCUUGUUUUAUCUCGAGCACUGAUGGGUCAUUUCUUAUGUUUGUGCUAGUGGUGACCGACUGGGUCAGGGUGAUUAACUCGGCUCCUUGUUCCGGUACCUGAAAUGAUUGUUGAGAACCCUUUUCGAAUGACCCCCCAUAAAUUGAACCCGAAGUGUUCACAUCGGAAUAAAGAAAGAUACCUCUAUUGGCCAAUGGAAAUUCAUAUUAAACACAUGCGAACUGCCUUAGACGCCGUGAAGCGCGUGAAAAUGCUCUCGACUAAGUCGCAAUUGGUUUUAGUUGGCGCAAGUUUUCUGGAUCGAUCAGAAAGCGCAGUUUCGAAAAACCAAAUGAAUGUAACAAUAGAUUACUUUCGAAAUUCAACUGAAACUGCCAUAUCCUCUUUAAACUACAGAUACCAUCCGAUCCGUAUCCAAGAGCCAACAAGCCGUACUUGUUGCCCGUAAAAUAGACUCGUUCCCCAGCAACACAGAACGCUUAGAAGGCAAUGUGGACGUGUGGUGGAUAGUUCAUGACGGUGGUUUAAUGAUCCUGAUCCUCUUCCUCUUAAAACAGCAUAAAGUUUGGAGGAAGUGUAAUCUUAGGAUUUUUACCGUAGCACGUAUCCUUUGUCCAUUUGGUGGUCUAUAAAGGGAAAAACGGCUUGAAAACACAUUUUAAAACUGUCAAGUCCUGCGAAAUAGAGUAAUGCUUCUCAUAGCUUAAGAUGGGGUUUAAGUGAUCUAAAAGGGGAAAAAAAAACACUGUGCCUAUGUGAAUAACUCAGUGGUAACACGGGUUGGACGGAGUGCCAGGAAGUCUCGGGAACUUGUGGUGGUAUUUGGGUAAGAUGCUUUUGCUGAGGUGUAUUAUCUCAUAGCGGAGCUCGCAGAGCGUAGCCCCAUAAUUAUACAAAAUAGUAGUAACCCAUCAAGCCGAAAAAAUUUGGAUAUACGACCGUACGACCGUACAAGGUGCUACUUUUAACAUGCGUGGUCAACUGUACCGCGGGCACGCCAACGCCACGGCUUUGUUCAGUAGUCCAGUGGUCUGUGCACUGGGCUCCGAGUCGGACGACCCGAGUUCUAGUCCUGGCCGGGGCAAGGCGUUGUGCCCUUGAGACGUGCGGGAAAAAAAAUGCGAGGGAAAUCAGUUUUCAAGAAAAGAGGGAAGGUGGGUUGUAGAGCAGAACGUAAUAGAGCCGUUGUGAUAGUCAAAUCGUAUACCUAAAAGGAAAAAGGGAACUUAAAAAAAUGGUAGAGAAAGAAAAGGAAAUUGUAGACUGUAUAAGAGGGGUACGAAGAGACUGAAUUUUUUAUAUUUAAUAUUAAUAUUUGAAUAUUUAGCCCUUAAUAUCAGUGUCUUACGCAUUGUUUCUGUGUUCCUAUGGUGAUCAUUUUCCAAGAGUUCUGAUUCGAUUUGACGUCUGCUUUGUUUAAAUGUCUUGUAAAGUUUUCUUAACCAAACGAAUGUAGAACUCGAGGACAACAGCAUUCAAAUGAAGAAGGAUCUGGAGUCAUUUAUGUACCAACUGAGAAUCAAGGCACAAGUGGAAGUCAUUGAAAUGGUCUGUAAACCAGUUUUAAAAUGUUAUCAACGGUCGCUUUGAUCUCAUUGCUUCUUCUUGUCAUGGGUCGAUAGAAAAGAUCGCAAGAAAAAUUGUUCCUUGUGUCAGGAGAGUAGGUGGCUCAAAUGAUGGUACUUAAAUUGUCAAUUUAAUUCCACUCAUAUCGUUAGGGAACUGAUAGACAGAAAUAGUGCGUAUUGUUUCACUGCGGUACGAACGUGUACCUCUAGUCAUACAAAUGCCUUUGAUUUGAAAUUUACAUUUCAGCCCCAGCUGAAAUAACGCCUGAUUAAGUGUGAAACAACAUAAUGGACUAAAAUGUGCCGGUUGUUUGGCUUCUAGAAUAAAUUUCCCCGAAGUUUUUUUUCAAUAUUUGGUGGUUGCAGUUUUCAUUCAUUAUGAAAGAUGAAAGAUGAACUGUAGAAUUCCGUUUUCUCGAGCUCACCUUUUUUCCGAAACUCUCGAUCAUUAAUUCGAACCUAAUACCGCUUCCCUCCCUAAAUCAAUCACCGCAAUCUACACACCCUGCCAUCUCCCGCGGACUUUACGAAUCCUCUGGUAGCAUACCGAUUAAUUUCGGCCUAAAGGUUGCAAAAAUUUAGGAUUGCACUGUAAUAACGUUUUCUACAUUUCAGAUGGACCAAGAUAUCUCGGAAUACACUUACGAACGCACGUUAUUGAUGGAACAAAGGCAUCAAAUGUUACGUGAGAUGCACUUGUCUAGAAAAGAAAGCAAACGUGAAAUUCAAGACGUUGUGGAACAUUCUUACCGGAGGCGAUCUUUGUCCGGAAGACGGUCAAAUUUCGAUUAUAAAACUGGCAAAGAAUCGGAGAACACGAGUAACUUUGGCAAGGAGUCGCAUUCUGACGAACAGGGUUCGAGUUCAUCCAAAAAAAACACGAAGAUUUCUGAGAAACCCUCGAUUCAAAGCGACGAAGGCACAAAAGGAGUCGAGGUGGAUAAGAACAAAACAAACAUUGUACAUAGUUCUACUCCAGAACGUGACUUGAUCUUUACGUUAAGUGGCAAGGACGUUUUUGUGGAUAAAAAUACAGACAGCGAUAAAGAGACACAGCCAGGAAUCGCUUCAUAUACAAAUGACGGCCAAAGUGCAGAGGAUGGAAAAGAAAGUUUGAGAGGAACACCGUAAGUAUCUUUUUCACAAUACAUAACAAAAUGCUCUAUUUCUUUGUUGUUAGGGAAUUUUAGGCUUCUUCUUCGUAUUUGUCAUGAUUUCGAGUGAGACAAUGUUCGGGUCUGUGGUGUAUUCAUCACAUAGUGCCUAUUGCUCAAAAGUAGGUUAGAGAGGAAACAUUAAAUUUCAUACAAACCUUGCUGUCUGAUUUUAGUCGAUUUUUGCACCCAAGUCUAAAUAUGUGCAUUAGCAAUUGAGAAAAAUCAGAGUUCAUUUUGGCUGUUUGCAGUUGGCCAUUGCCGUAGACAUCCUGCUGAAAAUUACUUUAAAAAAAAAAGUUUGGAUCUUUUUUCAUGCUUAUCUUAUCUUGCUUGCGACGUUGUUUUGUAGGAAGGAGAAGAAUCUGCAACGAAUGAACACAGCAGUGAAACUGAAUCAGCUUGUAAAAGACAGAUCAACAGGAACUCAACUUCUCGUUGUCAACUUACCUGGAGCACCCGCAGAGGAGAACGAUUGGCUACACUGUAUCCUCUUUCGUGGUUGCUGCUGUUGUUUUUGUUUUUUUUUUCUCAUCUUAAAUGUGAUUGAAUUUCUUUUAACAGGUUUUUGAAGUAGAAGACCUUCAUUACCCUCAGGUCAAGUUUCAGCGAUUCCUGUUAUCCAAUGUUAGAACUUAUCAUAAGGGCACAUGUCUUUUUCAAAUCCAAGUCUUGCACGCGCACGCGAAACCCACACUGCUACGGCUUGGCGAGUUUUCUUUCGCACACUUGGUGCUUCCCUCAUCCGGGUAGGAUAGGAUUGGCAGGACUUUUGUUUAAUCCUGGUUAGAGAGACUUUCUGAGAGAUACCACUCCUCUACAAAACAAUGACCUCGGCCGGGUUUCAAAUCCGGGCAUUUCUCUUUGGAGUCCAGCGCUCUAACAUCCUAUCUUUACGGAAAUUUUGUGAAGGGGCUACAUCUUUUAGUGAUUUUAUGUAUUCUCCGUUGAUAUAAAAUUAAUAUGUCGGUAAACAAGAAUUAUUUAAAAACAUUGUUUGAGAUUCUCUUCAUCCAAAAAAAAUUGCGUUGACUUACGACUUCAGUUCUAAAUUUACCGUAAACGGUCUGUUUUAAACUAUCCAUGAUCUCACCGUGUCGGAUUUUCUUUGGUAUGGGUUGUUUGCGACGAAAUUUUCCUUGACUAUGUAACAGAUAUGGAGUUUCUAGACGAGUUAACGGAAGGAUUGGAUCGAGUGCUUAUGGUGCGCGGAGGAGGACGGGAAGUCAUAACCAUAUAUUCGUGACGUCAACGUGCCUGUCUGUAGAGAUUUUCUUUGCACACUUUUCGCAUUGAUUAUGAUAAAGAACAACAAACCGUUUCGAUAUGAGAAACACUUUGAUCGGUAAAGCGUGAUGUCUCUUGUAAGUCGAGUUUGAUAGGAAUUUAAAAAUGUUAUUUGAUUCAUCGCGACAAAGAGAUUAUUUUGAGCCAUAUUUAAGUUUUUAGAGAUUUUAUUUAUUGCGGAAUGAAAAAUUAGAUUUAAAAAAUGAUCUCUACGGUGUUUUCCACACAAUGAUUCAAUAUUGUAGUGAGAUCGAUUUUAUUGGGAA